GGAAAUUCCUCUAAAGUUAAAUAUUCUAGCAUCAAGUCCAUUAUUAUCUUCAUCAAUCAACAGAAGUAUUCUCUGGGCUCUUGGGUUUGUACAUCUUAUUGUUGGUGGAAUCAUUGAUAAUUGAUCAUAUAAUAUUAGACUCAAAUUCUGCAAUAUUCAUUCAGUUGUCAUAUUGAAAUUGAGCUAAGGGAAAUGGGAACAUGUGGAUCAAAACCUAAAGGAGGGAGGAACUCUGUAUCUCACAAGCUUAACAAGAUUGAACCCUCUGCGUCUAAGAAUGUUUCUUGCUCCAAAACUACAUCCAAAGGGAAUGCGGAAUUAGACCCAGAGGUGAUGAUUGAAUCGGACAGCGACGAUGAUUUUCAUAGCGCAAAAGAUGUCUUUUCACAGAGUGGCAGUGGAUCUUUUUCAACCAUAAUUUCUCCAAGAUUUUAUGAUACUGUUUGUAACAAUGGUAAUACUGCUCUUGAUCCUCCUGGAAAACAUGAACAAUCAUUUGCAAGCAUAGAGACAAAUUUUGUCAAACAAGGUUCUGUAAAAGGAAAAUCUUCAACAGAUCCUCAGCUAAAGUCCAAUAAUCCUGAGAAGAAAAUGAAGAGACCAGGCCCUAUUGACAAAACGUCUAACCGAAACAUGGAUAAAAAUGUUGCGAGAGCUGAAGGAAUUCGUCAUGAAAAGAGAAAGUCUGCAAUCCCAAGCUCACCAGGCAUCAAAAGGAAAUCAACUCUAACCAGAAUAUUAUCUUUUAAGUGGAGAGAAGGGUAUUCAAAUUCUGUAUCAUUGUCGCCAAAGGCCUUCCUGCGAAAACCAAUUGCUGGUUCUCAAAUUCCAUGCAGCCCUCUCCAGAUUAAACUAUCCAACUCUUGGUCAUCUGUUGAGCCAAAUACUUUUAGAAUUCGUGGUAAAAAGUACUUCAUGGAUAAGAAGAAAGAGUCUGCUCCAAACUAUGCUGCAUUUUAUCCUUUCGGGGUUGAUGUAUUCUUAUCACCACGGAAAAUUGAUCAUAUUGCACGUUUUGUGGAACUUCCAACAGUUGGUUCAUCUGGUGUAGUUCCUCCCAUCCUUGUUGUAAAUCUUCAGAUACCAUUAUACCCUCCUACAAUCUUCUUCCAAAAUGAAUAUAAUGGUGAAGGGAUGAAUUUUGUUUUCUACUUCAAGCUUUCAGAAAAUUACUCAGAAGAACUUCCGAUUCAUUUUCAAGAAAAUAUCCAGAGGUUAAUUCGUGAUGAAGCGGAGAAGAUCAGAGGUUGGGCUGUAGAUAAAAAUGUACCCUUCAGAGACAGAUUGAAAUUAUUGGCGCGAGUUGUAAACAUAGAGGAACUUCAUUUAAGUGUAUCUGAGAAGAAGCUCAUGAAUGCUUACAACGAAAAGCCUGUGCUCUCACGUCCUCAACACGAAUUUUAUUUGGGGAAAAACUACUUUGAGAUUGAUUUGGACAUUCAUAGAUUCAAUUACAUUGCCAGAAAAGGGUUGGAAUCUUUUAAAGACAGAUUGAAGAACGCGGUCAUUGAUUUUGGUCUGACAAUUCAGGGAAACAAGGCAGAGGAGUUGCCAGAAAAUAUGUUGUGCUGUAUUAGAUUGAAAGAGAUAGACUACACCAAAUAUCAGCAGUUAGGUGUCUGAAUUAACUACACAAAUAAGUACACGGCUCGACAAGGUAUGCCAUGUGAUUAAUUCAUGAACACACAUAUCUUCUUAACCACCGAUCAUCAUUAAAACUGUGGUUGACUUUUUAGAUUUGGAAGUGUUAACGCUGAAUGUUGCAGUGGCAUGCGUUCAUGAAAGGGCUAACAUUGCUUUGUCUUUGAUAAAAAGAAGAGUGAAAACCUCUUAUGGUUACUAUUAGAACAAAAGCCAAGGAACUGAAAACUGGCAAAGCAAAUUAAGGAUCAUCUUGACAUUAUGAAGAGUCAAUAAUCAAGGUAAACAUCUAGGAGUGGUGGAAAAUCCAUUAACAUUUGCUUGUCGCGAGCCAAGAUAGUGUCCACGAACGAAUCCAUUGUAGAGGAACAAGUGGCUUCUUCAACAGGUUGCUUUUCCUUAACUUCAGUAACUUCCCCACAAGUAGGAUUCUCCGUCUGAAAUGAAUUGGACAUAUCUUUUGACAAAAAUGUCUCCUGUUUUUCCUCUGCAAGUAUAAACUCAUUCCAAGUUGACGUAGACGUAGAUGAAGAAGAUGGCAUAGUAUGAACCUGAGGUUGCAUAGAAGAGAAAGAAGUAGAAUAGCUAUAUGAUGUGGGAUUGAAUGAAGUUGUUGAUGAGGACACUUCACUAAUACUAUGUGUUUGAAGAUUCUCCUUAGGAUACGAUGUGUAUUUUUCUUGUAACUGGCCAUUCAUAAUAGUGUGAAUAAAUUUAUCAUGGGGAGUUCCAUUUGAGAA